UGUCAGACGUUCUGUGUGUUGUUGCUGUCAGACAAGAGAGUCAAUCAUGGCUGCUUCCUUGGUACGGUGGCUAAAAAGACUCUGCGUUUUCUUGUUGAUAUGUCCCCUCUGUGUGCCAGCCUUCUUGAAUCUGGAGGAGCUGAAUGAGAUGAAAUAUGGGAUUCAAAUCCUCCCCGAUCCCGUCAUCUUGGGGCAGACCAAGACAGAGGAGGUGAUGAUGGUGUCCAGUAAGUACAAGCAGCUGUAUGAGUGUCGACUUCCUGCCCAGGCUGUGCGGUUUCAUCAGGAUCCUGCCUCUGAGCCUGACUCACAAGGGUACACCGGGCCUGACAUCCCAGACCUGCUCAGUCCAAUGCACACUGCCCAGUGUCUAGUGAAGACGAAGGAUUGGUGGACGUAUGAGUUCUGCCACGGUCAGCAUAUCAGACAGUACCACCUUGAAGACACAGAAAUCAAAGGGGACAUUCUCUUCUUAGGUUAUUAUGAAUCUGAAUUUGAUUGGAGCAAUGAAACGGCAAAGGCCUCCAAGCAGCACAGACUGAAGCGCUAUCACAGUCAGACCUAUGUAAAUGGCUCAAAGUGUGACCUAAAUGGAAGUCCUAGAGAGACUGAAGUCCGGUUUGUGUGUGAAGAAGGCUCAGGGGACUACAUCGCCCGAGUGGAUGAGCCUCAGUCGUGCCGCUAUGUGCUGACAGUUCACACCAGUCGCACCUGCCAGCAUCCAUUCCUGCGGCCACCAUCCACCGCCAAGCCGCAGGGUAUCGUGUGCCAGCCAGCGCUAAGUGCCCAACAGUACAUGGAUUAUGUCAAGGCUCAAGUCUCGGACACAAAGCGUAAAGUAGAGCAGAUCUCAGAGGAGCUGAGGAGUCUUGAUGAGAUGUUGGCUGGUAAUGAAGGGGCAGAUGGAGCAGUGGAAGUGACAGCAGACGAGACAUCACCUGCAUCCAGUGAUGACCCAAACCAGUCAGACAGAAAAGAUACUGCUGAUGUUUCUGAGGAUGCCGAGUCAGAUGAGGGAGAAGAUUCUGACUUCUGGGAGGGAGUUACAAAGCCAGGGAGUUCAAAAACAACUGCUUCUCAACAGGAGAAUAAGGCACGGGCAGCAGAUGACAGCCACAACUCACUUACCGACAAUGAAGUCAUAGAUGAUGGAGAUGAAGUUGAAAAAUUCAACUUUAAAAUCAUUACUGACCCAGCAGACCUGAUGAAAUUUGUCCAGCAUCUCAAAGAGAGUAACAGGAAGAAAGCCCAAAAUCAAGCCAAGAGUCGAGCAGAGAAACCAACAAGCGACAGGGUAACAGAGAAGCUUGGCGAGGAAGAGAAAGAUGAAGAUGAACACCUGCUACAGGAGUUUGAGGAUGAGAUGUCCGACAUCUCAGUGCCCUCGGAUAAGAUUGAAGAGAUAAAGGAAGAAAUGCAGAAGGAGUUUGACAACAUCAUAAAUGAGGCCCAACAAGAACUGGAGACAGAAGGUCUGAAAGGGGAGUUUGAUCGCACACAGGCCACACAGACACUGGAGACGACACUGGACAAGCUGCUUGAUCAUUUGGAAGAGAAAGACGUUCAGGACCCAGAGCAGCAAACAGCGGGAGUUCAAAGAGCUAGCGACCCAACCAGGGGCAGCCCCAGCCUGGCUCCAGAGCAGCCAGACCAAGCGGCUGACGACCAUGUUAAGAUCAAAAUUACUAAGUAUAAGACGGGCAGCAGCCCUGAUGGGGAGGUCAAAGUUCAGGAGAUGGGCGAAGGAGACCCCCAGUGGCAGCACAUAAAGGACGUGGUUAAAGAACAGCUAGAGAAAGCAGGACUGAAGGCAGAAGGUAAAAUUGAGGUGAAGAUCUUGACGCGGAAAAAUGCGGAGGAAGCAGGUGAUCAGUGGCUGACUGAAGAAGAUACAAAGUCCUUUAGGGAGCUCCUCAUAAAUCUCCUGACUGGAGGCACAGAAGAGGUUUACAAAGAGCAAAAGAGACAGCAGGAGUUGGAGAACAACUAUAGGUUUGUGUGGGGAGAGUCCCAGGAGGAGUCCCAGUCAUCCAGCACCUCUGACUCAGAUGACGUGGAUAUAUGAGAUCAUUCAGUACAUUCAGUGCACCUUUUGUGACAAUGAACUCCUGUGGAGACCAGCAGGGAGGGGGACUCUGAAGUGCAGCCGCAAAUUUGAAAAAGAGCCCAAAUGAUUCAAUUACUGCUAUUAAACCUGGCAGAUAAUAUCAACUCACCUGUUUGCACAUUCAUAAAAUGUGUCUGUGUGUCUUGAAUAGGCAAUAUGUGUCUUUAGUAAGCAUCAGUUAUAUGUUGCACGAUGAACCCGCAACAUCUCAGCUGUUCUUGUGCAGUUGAAUGAAGUUAUGCAUUUUCCCCUUUUUGAUGGGAUUCAGUUUUGAUAGAUGGCUAGAAAAGCUGAGUGAUGUACAAUAUGUACCUUUUUAGAAAUAUUUCAGUGGGUUUCACUGAAUAUUUGCAUCUAGUUCUGAAGUUGUCAGCAGCACACUGUGUCCACAGUUAAAUUAUUAUUUACCUGUACAUUUGUCUUAUACAAAGAAGUCCUUUCCUUUAAGUGACACAGCUGGGGGGAAUCGUGCAUGCCUCAACAAACUGGAUGAGUGUUUGUGCAGGUUGUUCAAUUUACUGUUUACUGAAAAUUAUUAUUGCGUCUGGAUAUGAAAAACAGGACAAAUACUUGCAUACAACUUUGAAGCAUUCUAACACAAUGUGUUUGAUGAUUCGAUUUGUCAGUAAACACAACUUUAGAUUACAGUUUGUAUACAUGCUGUGGCACUUUAUAUUUUUAGAAAAAGGUUUUGUAAACUCUUUUCUUUUGUUUAACAUUGUUCCACAAAAAAAAUGUGGGGUUCUCUUUGGUUGUCAUGUGUUAAAGGGAUUCAAAAGAAAAACACUUAAAAGAAUGUAGGAUGAUAAAUCUCUUAAGUCUGUACUUUUGUUUCUGACAAGAACUUCCAUAUGUUUACUUUAAUUUAGCAAUGGCAAACAAAGAAAUCUACAAUGUCAAUCAGAUUCUGCGUACCAAAAUAAUGAAUCCACACAAAACUUUUCUAAGGAUCCUUCAGAUGUGUUCUCAAAAGGGCUGAAUUUGUAUAGUUUGUGAAUAUUUGUGUUAACUUGGAGCUUAACAUGUACAUAAUUACUGCGUAAAUAUGUUUUCGAAUUGAUUUGUUGUAAUUAGCACAAAUUAAGUGGGCUUAAGUUAAUUGAGUAAAUGUGUUAAGAUUUGUGACUGUG